CAUGCCUGAACCCGCCAAGUCCGCCCCGAAGAAGGGCUCCAAGAAAGCCGUGACUAAGACGGCUGGUAAGGGAGGCAAGAAGCGCAGAAAGUCCAGGAAGGAGAGCUACGCUAUCUACGUGUACAAGGUGCUGAAGCAGGUCCACCCCGACACCGGCAUUUCUUCCAAGGCGAUGGGCAUCAUGAACUCGUUCGUCAACGACAUCUUCGAGCGCAUCGCCGGUGAGUCGUCCCGUUUGGCUCAUUACAACAAACGCUCCACCAUCACGUCCAGGGAGAUCCAGACCGCCGUGCGCCUGCUUCUUCCCGGUGAGCUGGCCAAGCACGCCGUGUCCGAGGGCACCAAGGCUGUCACCAAGUACACCAGCUCCAAGUAAGAAGUGACGAAAAGCUUCAUCAACAACAUCAAACCCAACGGCUCUUUUAAGAGCCACCCAUGUUUCCGCUUAAAGAGCUUAUUUUGUGUGGGUAACUGUAAGGCUUGUAGUAGAAUGAGUUAUGUAAGUGUUUAAAUGCACAUCCUUUGGUUUGUGUAUACGUGGCAUACGUGAUACAGAAGUGUGUUUGUUCCAGUACGUGAUCUGCAGUUCCUUCUGCAAACACCUGUAAAA